AUGUUAUCGAGAGUGUCGUCUUCGAACUCCUCCUCGUCGACGACUCUGAGCGGUCUUCCGAUUGACGUGAACGUAGAAGGCGUCUCUUUGCCAUACGAGCUCUGUUGCGACGACUUUCCGGUGGAAAUAGUAGGCUUGGCACUAAACAGCGAGUUGGUGUUGGAGUUGAACGAGUACUGGAACGUCUUGGAAUCGUCGUUGUUAGACUGCACGGCCGUAACGUCCUCGGUCAGCAUGUCUGAGUACGACUCCGCAGGUAAUCCGACGGAGUCCUCCUCGUCUUUGCGCUUGAAUAACUUAAAAGCCAUCGGUUGUGCGGUCGGAAGCUUUUUUUAUCUUGGAAAAAAAUAG